AUGGACAAACACACAACGCUGAAAUCUACACUUGUGAUCCGACCUCGGUCUGCAGUUCUAUUGAAGCCCGGAAACGUACUUUGGUGCUAUGUUGGUAUGAUUGCUCCCAAGGCCGGAGUCAAUGUCGGAGGAGAGGUCGUUUGUGAUGGACAAUGCUCUUCACUGAGCGGAAUCGUCAACGGCGACAGCGUGACCACCUUCCAAUGUGUACCGACACCAGUCUGCAAGUCCCUUGGUAUCGGACAGGACGGUGGUUGCAUGCCCCUGCCAGGAGAUCGCGAAGUCAAAGGAUGUUGCUGCAGUGGUUCAAACAGCUGCAAUCUGUACCAGUUGAACAGGACUGACAUUUCACCACCAACCCCAUCACCAGUACAGGAGUAUCCGAUCUCUUGCUGGACUGGAGUCUAUGUGAACGGAAAUGCCCUUACCUCGGCUGGAUUCUCCACUUGCUAUGGCGAAUGUGCUAGUGUGACUCUGCAAACCACAUUGAAUGGUCAAGCUCACAAUGCACACCGUGUUCAUGUGCGACCCGACAUCGGUCUGCCAGGCUCUCAACAGUUGGCUCCUUUUACAGAUAUGAGCAACACAUGUGCCACCGUUGAGCCAGGAGUCUCUGGUUGCUGCUGUAAUGACGACGCCUGUCUCACACCAACAAAGUCACCUCUCAACAAUCCUCUGACCUGCUACGUUGGAGUGAACGCCCCGAAGGCCGGAAUCAACGUCGGAGCUGAGGUGGUUUGCUCAGGAAUGUGCUCUUCUCUGAACGCCAUUGUCAACGGCGACAACGUGACCACCUUCCAGUGUGUAUCGAGAAGCGUCUGCAAGGCAUACGGUAUUGGAGUCGGUUACGGAUGCCAAACAAUCAGGGGCGACCGUGAAGUGACUGGAUGCUGUUGUGACAACGGAAACGGCUGUAACCUCGCCGCCAGACCCGAUAUCAUUCAACCAACCCUCGCUCCCUAUACGGAAUUCCCUAUUUCAUGCUGGAGCGGAAUCUAUGUGAACGGAGUGGCACUGUCUAAGCCAGGUUACCAAAGCUGCAACGGAGAGUGCGCCUCGUUGACGCUGGUCACUCAAGUCAACCAGGUCACGCACAACGCCACCAUGUACACCUGUGAUCCAUCUGCAGUCUGCAAAGCUCUCAAUAUGGACAACCAAUGCACAACAAUUGAGACCGGAGUCAGUGGAUGUUGCUGCAACACCGAUGCCUGUUUGACUCCUACCAGGACGCCUGGAAAGAAACUCUGGUGCUAUGUGGGACUCAUUGCCAAGAAGGCCGGAGUGAAUGUAGGAGCUGAGGUUGCUUGCGAUGGAAUGUGCUCUUCGUUGAGCGGUUCUGUGAACGGUGACGAUGUUGUGACGUUCCAAUGCGUACCCAACAAAGUCUGCAAGACCUUCAUGAACACCGACGGAUGCUCAACAUUGCAGGGAGAUCGUGAAAUCACCGGAUGUUGUUGCCGUGACAGCGAUAGUUGCAACGUCAAGCAACUGAACAGAACUGACGUGAGUAGUAGAAAAAAAGGGGUACGAAUUGGGUAG